CCCCACGAAACUAAUCAUGCACGUCAUCCUUUACACUUGAACACGUUCGGCCUGCCCUCCAACAAAAACAUCGACAGCAAACCCAAACAAACAACACCAGCAGAAAUGACGAAUCCGUUAUUCUUCGUCAUUCCGAAUUUCACAUUCAAAAAUGGCACCAAACUCCCCAGCGUCAAGCUGGCCUACCUAGACAUCAACCCCACGGCCCCCAAAACCGCCUUAAUCUCCACGUGCUUCAAAGGCAGACUCAACACCACCUUGACAUUCGCCAACGGCGCCUUCAAAAACCACAGAAUCAUUCUCGUUGCGCUCUUCGGCAAUGGAGAGUCCUCCAGCCCGUCCAACACGUCUGACUUCCCCGCCUCGCUUGCCUACGAAGAUUGCGUGCGCGCACAAUAUCUACUCUUAACCAAGGAAUUGGGAAUCAAUGAGCUCGAUGUAGUGUGCGGGUUUUCUAUGGGCGGGCAGAUGGCGUAUCAUUGGGCUGCUUUGUAUCCGAAAUUUGUGAGGCGGGCUGUUGUGAUUUGUUCGUCUGCGCGAACGAGCAAGCAUAACUAUCAGUUCCUAGAGGGACCUAGGGUGGCUUUGGAGUUUGGAGUGGAUUAUGCGGAUGCGAAGAAAAGUAUGGUGAGGAAGAGAGACGGGGGGGAUAAUGAAGUUGGAGAGAAAGAGGUGCCUAGAUGUGUACAGGCUUUCGGAAAGGCGUAUUCGGCAUGGUUGACGAGUGCGGAGUGGUUUGACGAGGAAUUGUAUAAAAGCUUGGGGGCUGAGACACUUGAAGAGUGGGAUCUUCAGGCUAGUAAGGAGGGCUAUGUGGGGUGGGAGGUUGACGAUCUACUUGCUUUGCUGGGGAUGUGGCAGCGUGGGGAUAUCAGCUGUGGUGGAAAUCUCGAGGAUGCUCUGACAAAACUUGAAGCGGAGGUGUUGUUGAUGCCGUGUGAAACGGAUCAGUAUUUCAGGCCAGGGCCAAACAAACGAGAGGCGAAGAGCUUGAAGAAUGCACAAGUAGCUGUCAUUCCAUCUGUCUGGGGGCAUAUUGCGGGAGGAGGCUCGAACAGUACUGAUACGCAAUGGAUGGACAACAGGAUAUCGGAGUUUCUCAAUAGAUAGCUAAAAAUGAUUGUGGCAGGGUGUGAGAUCCCGUUCAAUGAUUUGAGGUCACUCGUUGCGCAAACAGAUUUCAUCAUUCUUUGUCUAAAGGAUAACAAUGCUCAAAAAUCCAGUCUCCAGAACUUUUCCAACCCGUUGGUCUAUCUAGAACAGAAACCCAAACGCCAUCAAUCAAGGUCAUUUUGAAGUAAAAGAAACCAAAUUCAAGCACUCAUUGAAAUUUUGAGGCGCUGGCGAUCGAUGAGAUCUGGCACAACACAGUACAAAAAACACAGUGAAUUGCCCUAGAACUUGAGCAAUUACACAUUUCCAAGCAUUCUAUCUCUGCCAAUUCCCCUUGUAAGCAUUCUUCCUCGAGCUUCUUCUAGCAGGCGACUCAGCAGACAAAGAUCGCCGAGCCUUGCGGGGAUGAGGUGUCACUAUACGCUGCGAAAGUUUGGGAUUUACUCUACGCGAUGCUGUCAAAUCUUUCGAGGAUUUAGAUCGUGGAACGCGUGGGGUAUCGUCGGGAAGGGCGGGAAAUAAAACCGGCGGAACGGGAGGCUGUUCUCUAUCAUCUUCAUCUUCUUCCGCGACCUCUAGCUCUAGUCGAUGAUAAGCUCGUUUUUCCUCGUGAUAUCCGGUUUCUUCCUGUUUGAUUUCGAUAUUCUCUUUCUCCUCAUCUUUGGCAUUUUCCGGUCCAGUUUCGUUCUGCUCCUCCUUGUCUUCGGUCUCUUCCUGCUCAAUCUCGUCGUGCUCUUUGCUAGGCGAUUGCUCGCUCGCGUGGGUUGAGGACCUAUCGCGACGCGCAAGAAAAAAUCUAGCAAUACUAUGCUGAUGCUUUGCGGUCUUACCCGAGUUUGUGGCACCGUAAAACUUACGUGUACCAGCAACGCGGUACUGCGUCUUUGUCUCAUCCACGCUGCUCACAUCGGAGCUGCCCUCAAAGACAGGUGAGAGAUUUGUACCGACAAUUAAGUUUCCAGAUGCUCGAGCAAGAGCGGAAUCCUCAACGGCACGAUCAACGAGUGGCUGACGGCGGGCAGCCAGAGGGGAUGCUUCUUCUGAUGAAGAAGAGUAAUCAUCGUAACUGAAACCGUAGGUUCCUGGAGAUGGGACGGUCUCGGUUUUUUUAGGGAGCAUUGGUGCUCCAACUUGAGGGUGGCUUGUUUCUUGGUUGGACAGCGAUUGAAGGCGAGGAUACUGUACUCCUGAAAUAGGUCUAUCAGCUUCCAGGAUUUCGUAUUGGGCAUAUGGCUGUGGCUCACGUUCGACUCCAUUGUCGGGGGAAACCGGACUGCGAAUUUGGCGAGGCUCAGUCGGGCUGGACUCGGGAAGUGGUGACAAAUCAGGAGCAUCAGGCAUGCUGAUGUCGACGUCUUCUUCUUCAACUUCUUCCUCGUCGGGUGAUGUUCUCUGUCUCUUUCUGCUUUUCUCCACGGCUAAUACUGCACUUCUUUUCAGCCUGCUCUGCACGGCCUCUUUUCCCGCUUCAGUGAUGAUCUUUGCACCAACGAAAGCAUCGAUGUCUUUCUGCAAUUUAGCUAGAAGCUCAUCAGGCUUAUCCAGAAGCGCCUGCAGCUCUUUGCUCAUCAGGACCUUCUGGACAGCGAAGGCAAUAACCAUUUGAAUCCUCUUUCGGUUGUCGUAGAUCCGAUACAUCUGGUAAAAGAAACAGCCAGCGCCAAAACCAGCGCCAACUACGCCACUUAUAGGAUAGCGGUAGUCCUGGGGCAUCUUGACGAAUGACGCCCAUGAGGUAAGAUUUUUUGGCAGUGGGAUGUAGUUCAAAAUGUGAGAUGUUAGAGAGCGGGCGAUUGCGUGAUUUGGGAAAGGAGUCGAAUAGGUUCCAGGAAAAUGAAUACUAGUCUUUACGAUCUUGGUCACUUGCUGUUCGAUUGUAUUAGCAGUGACUGUUGGGAUUUCUCGCGCUGCCAGUGCCCAAUGCGGAUCGUUCCAGGCCAUGGUGAAUAAAAAAGGAGCUGCCGCUGGGGGAUGUGUGUGUGUGUGUUUCGUGGUCUGAUCGUGGAUGUAAGUGCAUGCAAUGAUGCGUUCUGCUUGCAAAUAUCGGCAGACUUGACUCCUUUGCAGUACAGAUAUCGAUACCCGGUAGCGCAGAUCUCGAGUUGAGAUAUUCGUACUUAAC